AUGCAGGCCAGCAGGGAGGCUGCGCGCGGAGACGGCAGUGGCUUCAACCUCUUCGCUGGUCGUCGCCGGACUACUUCUUUUACCUCGCGCCCCAACGAUAUCGAGAGCAACUGGCUUGCACCGGCCCGCACUGCGCCCGCGAAGUCGCCCACAGGGAGCUUCACUAAGGAGACGUCCCAGGGCCGCCCGGAAACCGGCGAAUCGAGCGCCGAACUGACCCCGACCACCGCGAAUGGCGAAGGACAAGGAUCUGACGCCGACGCUGACGCCAGCAGCCAGAGCCACGGCACAACCACCCAGAACACCCUACGCCAACGAACUGGGCUGGCUCAGUCGACCGAUGAAAGCGCAGCUGGGGGACAAGCCCUCGCGGGCGAAGCUGAGUCGGAGAAAAAGAAGGAGAAAAAACAGCACACAUUCUUCAAGCACCUCACCCCCAAGGAGCCCUUCACUGUCCGCAACCAGAUCCAGCGCACCAUUUUCGGCUCAUGGCUCAACAUCCUGCUGCUCGCUGCCCCUGUGGGUAUCGCCAUCAACUACAUCCCCGCUGUUGACCGCAAAGCCGUCUUCGUGGUCAACUUUAUCGCCAUUGUGCCCCUGGCUGGUAUGCUCGGCUUUGCGACCGAGGAGAUUGCCCUGCGCACCGGCGAGACCGUCGGGGGGCUGCUCAAUGCUACGUUUGGAAACGCUGUCGAAUUGAUCGUCGCCAUCAUCGCCCUCAUCGAUAACGAAGUUGUCAUCGUCCAGACCUCGCUCAUCGGCAGUAUCCUCUCUAACCUACUCCUGGUCAUGGGCAUGUGCUUCUUCUUCGGCGGCCUCCGUCGCCAAGAGCAAUUCUUCAACACCACCGUUGCCCAGACCGCGGCCAGUCUGCUCGCCCUAGCCGUCGCGGGCGUCAUUGUGCCGACUGUCUUUGACCUCGCUAGCAAGACCCCCAAGGCCGACGUCGCGCGCUUGUCCCGCGGCACCUCCGUCAUCCUUCUCAUCGUCUACGGCGCCUACCUCUUCUUCCAGCUCAAGACCCACUCCGCAGUCUUCGCGCAAGAAUCCCAAAAGGUCGAGGCCAAGCCGUUCCGGCACCGCAAGGAGGAGCUGCCCAAGGGCGCCAUCACCCAGGGCUUCGUCGCGCCCGCCGGCAUGGUCGGCGGCCACAGCCUACCCUCGAGCAAGACGGAAAACGAGCGCAUGCACGACCACCUGACACAGCCGCCGCGCAAGAAUAUGCAGCUUAAUGCUGACGGGCACGGCUACAGCGGGGAGCCGGACGAGGAAGAAGAAGGCGAGGAGCCGCAGCUGCACUUCACCGUCGCCGUCGCCACGCUCACCAUCUCCACCGUCAUCAUCGCCUUCUGCGCCGAGUUCAUGGUCGAUGGCAUCAGCGCCGUCACCGAGGGCGGGAACGUCUCCAAGGAAUUUGUCGGGCUUAUUCUCCUGCCGCUUGUCGGCAACGCGGCGGAGCACGCGACCGCUGUUACUGUGGCUAUCAAGGACAAGAUGGACCUCGCGAUUGGCGUGGCUGUUGGGUCCAGUAUGCAAGUUGCGCUGUUCAUCAUUCCGCUGCUCGUUAUCAUCGGCUGGGGUAUGGGUUUGGACGACAUGGCGCUUAGCUUUGACCCGUUCCAGGUGGCUGUGCUGUUCGUGUCGGUGCUGCUGGUAAAUUAUCUGAUUGCGGAUGGCAAGAGCCAUUGGUUGGAGGGCAUGUUGCUGAUGUGCUUAUACGCCAUUAUUGCCGUGUGUUCGUGGUGGUAUCCCACCGACACCGAAUCCCACACAGCAUCCACCAGCUAG